CUUACUCCUCCUUCUCCUAUAGAUUGUAAGCUCCUAUGGUCAGGACUCGAUAUCCCUGUACUGUGUGGUUAUUUCUCCUCUUCCGCAGAGUCCUGUUCUGGGGUGGCUCGGGAUUGGCUGGCCGGUGGGGGGUCCGUUGUCGAUGCUGGCAUUGCCGCCGUCCUGUGUCUCGCAGUUGUCCACCCUCAUGCUGUCAGUUUAGGUGGAACUUUUGCCUCCAUUUACCUUACUAGAAGAUCCCAGAAUGCAUCAGUGGUGAAUGCCAUCCCCAGUCAAGCCUCUCCCAUUGCCUAUGGGAUUCCUUCUUUGCUCCAGGGCCUGUGGUCUCUCCAUCAGAAUCAUGGCAGAAGCCUUUGGCCAGAGCUGUUCAGCCCGGCCAUUUAUCUGGCUAAGCAGGGCUUUGUGGUGGACAGCAGCCUGCAUGCAGCUCUGGAGAAGAACCAGAAGAAAAUAAAGUCCUCAGAGAGUCUGCAGGGUCUCUUCUAUCAUCAAAACAUCCUCAAAAGGGCUGGAGCUUCAGUAUCUAAUGUGCAGCUAGGAAAUGUGCUGGAGAUUGCCCAAACCAUGAGGGGUUCUGCACUUCCAGAUCUUCUUGUCCAGCAGCUGUUGGGGGACCUUGAGGUCACAGACAGAGAGCAGCUGCGGGAGGCUCUUUCAGGGAUGCACCUUAAAAGUGAAAACCCAUUCCAGCUUCACCUUGAUGGGAUGACUCUGUAUAGUUCCUCAGCGCCCACCAUGGGGAGAAUCCUUGCCAGUUCUGUCCAGGAAAUGUCUCAGAAACUGAGGAAUCCUUACUCUGCUCCAAUCUCUGACCUUCUCAUCAAUGUCUCGAAGACCAUGUACUCUAUGGCCGGUGUGAAACCUUCCGAUUUUACAACUGACCGCUCAGCUGGAGCACAGAUCCAAUGGGACCUGGCACCUGUUGGCAGCAAUGUUCUGGUGGCGGACUCUGAUGGCAAUGUGUUGGUGGUUUCCCUCACACUGAACAGCACAUUUGGGUCUGGAUUUGUGUCUCCCUCCACAGGAAUCCUCCUCAGUGACUUUGUUCAGGGGGCAGCUUCAACGCCAUCUGCCACCUUCUCGUUUUGGGCUUGCCCAACAGUAGUAUUAUUUGGUUCAGAUAAUGAUGCGAUGGGCUUAGCAGCCCGAGGCGGAAGCUCUUUGCCUUUCUCUUUGGCUCAUGUUCUCUUACGUCAUGUUCUGCUGAAGAUGGACCUUACAGAAUCGAUCAAUGGGACCUUGACAGAUCUUCUACCUGCGGACUCUGACCCCUGGCUUAAAUACUUCGGUUUACAGGGUGUUGUGCCUGCCAUGGCAAUAGAGGUGGCAUCAGAGCAUGUACAUGUAGCUACAUCACAAAGCUGCUCUUGUCACCCUGCAGGACUUUAGAAGAUGUCACCACGUGGAACUGGGAGGAUGAAGGCCUAAAAUGUUCACGUUAUUGCAUAAUGCCCCGUGUGAGGACGCGCCCGGCCUUUUAUGUGUUUAUUCUAGAGAGCUUCAGAAUCUGAGUGAUGGGUAUAAGGUGGUACAACCACUCCCAUCAUGUUCUCUGGUUCCAUUAGAUGCAAAAUGUGUAGACCAGGGGUGGCCAACCUGUGGCUCUUUGCUUCUUCAGGUGCAGCUCUAGCUGUGGAGCCGGGAAGCAGUCGGGCGGCGCACUCCCCACCCCAGGCUCAGAUCUCUCUUCCUGACUACU